UGAGGUUAAUCCAGUCAAUCGUGACAUAGCAAUGUUUUUUUUUAUGUUGGCAGGGUUCACACAUACACUAGCUGAAUUUGCAGAGCUAGCGCGCAAACUAAAGCAAACAUUAACUAUCAAGCUAGCUAGUACCUAUUCCAUUUAUGUGGCGUCGUCAAAGAUGGAAUCUUUGCUAUUGUCAGUUUAUUCCAAGAUCAGCAUGCAUCUGUAGUGCUUCAAAGUCCCUGUGAUAAGGUUAGCGAUUAACUGAACUACACUCUCCUCUACCAUUGCCCUAAAUAUAUUUAAUGGUAUCGUUGCAAAAGCUAAAUUGUCGCUAGGGAACUUUUAUUUUUUUUCACCUUUAUUUAACCAGAUAGCAAAGAUUAUAGCAAACACCACAUGGUGCUCGCUAGCUUUGCAAAAUCAGCCAUUGUUGGAAGCCAGCCAACAUGAAACAAACUAUAUUAAAAUUACAAAAGGUUUCAGUAUAUGUUGUGUAAAUGGUGAACUCAUACAGCUGUCAACUCAUCACUGCAAUCCGUUUCACAUUUGCGAGCUACCUUUUAGAUCGAAGCCCAUAUAGAAUGAUAGAAGAUAAGAUGAUAGAAGCCCAUCUCCUACUGUAAAUAUCCUACACACUGUGUAGCCAGCCAGGUAGAAAAUGGCAAAAAAAAGAUGGACAUCAGAGUAUUUCGGUACACCAAAAUGCAAAGCAGAGCAGGCAACAGAUGGCACACAGACGGCAGAGCUGGGGACAGACUGGCAGAGAGUCUCAGAGAACUCCCAUCUCCCAUAAAGUGAUAGAAAAAAGAAGACGGGACCGCAUCAACCGCUGUCUAAACGAACUGGGGAAAACUGUGCCAAUGGCGCGCGCGAAACAGAACUCUGGAAAACUGGAGAAGGCCGAGAUUCUGGAGAUGACAGUUCAAUAUCUACGAGCGCUCCACUCCGCAGACUUCCCCAGGGGCAGAGAAAAAGGUGAGCUACUGGGGGAGUUCGCCAACUACUUCCACUACGGCUACCACGAGUGCAUGAAGAACCUGGUACACUACCUGACCACCGAGGAGAGGGUUGAGACCAAAGACAUCAAGUACGCAAGGAUCCUGGCCUUUCUUCAGUCCAAGUCCCGAGUCGUCAACGAGCCGGUGUUCGGCUCCCUGGGCACGUUGCCAGACCAGGCAGAUUAUCUGUGCCAGUUUCACUCCUCCCCGGAGUCACACCAGAGCCACAGCCCCAGCGACUCCGUGUUUCAGCAGAGCCCACCCGGACACUUCUCUUGGCACAGCACUGCACGCAGUCCAACCAUGUCGUACCCAACUGUGCCGCUUUCCGCGCCGACGCAACAGCACCACGGUGGCUACUUGUCACCAGUGCAAGGACUUGACCAUCACUACUUCAACUUCUUCAACGGCCACCCGCACGCGAAUGCGUUCAGUUUGCACAGUACGCAACACGCGUUGUAAAUAGA